AUGGACAGUGGUUCAAUGGACAGUGGUUCAAUGGACAGUGGUUCAAUGGACAGUGGUUCAAUGGACAGUGGUUCAAUGGACAGUGGUUCAAUGGACAGUGGUUCAAUGGACAGUGGUUCAAUGGACAGUGGUACAAUGGACAGUGGUUCAAUGGACAGUGGUUCAAUGGACAGUGGUUCAAUGGACAGUGGUUCAAUGGACAGUGGUUCAAUGGACAGUGGUUCAAUGGACAGUGGUUCAAUGGACAGUGGUUCAAUGGACAGUGGUACAAUGGACAGUGGUUCAAUGGACAGUGGUUCAAUGGACAGUGGUUCAAUGGACAGUGGUACAAUGGACAGUGGUUCAAUGGACAGUGGUUCAAUGGACAGUGGUACAAUGGACAGUGGUUCAAUGGACAGUGGUUCAAUGGACAGUGGUUCAAUGGACAGUGGUUCAAUGGACAGUGGUUCAAUGGAUAGUGGUCCAAUGGACAGUGGUUCAAUGGACAGUGGUUCAAUGGACAGUGGUUCAAUGGACAGUGGUUCAAUGGACAGUGGUACAAUAGACAAUGGUACAAUAUACAGUGGUACAAUAGACAGUGGUACAAUAGACACUGGUACAAUAGACAGUGGUACAAUAGACAGUGGUACAAUAGACAAUGGUACAAUAGACAAUGGUACAAUAGGCAGUGGUACAAUAGACAGUGGUACAAUAGACAGUGGUUCAAUAGACAGUGGUACAAUAGACAGUGGUACAAUAGACAGUGGUACAAUAGACAGUGGUACAAUAGACAGUGGUACAAUAGACAGUGGUACAAUAGACAGUGGUACAAUAGACAGUGAUACAAUAGACAAUGGUACAAUAGACAAUGGUACAAUAGACAGUGGUACAAUAGACAGUGGUACAAUAGACAGUGGUACAAUAGACAGUGGUUCAAUGGGCAGUGGUACAAUAGACAGUGGUACAAUAGACAGUGGUACAAUAUACAGUGGUACAAUAGACAGUGGUACAAUAGACAGUGGUACAAUAGACAGUGGUACAAUAGACAGUGGUACAAUAGACAGUGGUACAAUAGACAGUGGUACAAUAGACAGUGGUACAAUAGACAGUGCCAAGAAGCAAAAACGAGCAAAAAAGGAAAAAUUCAGAGGUCGAAGUACUGCUGAAAACCUGAACAGAUGUACCAGAGCUUGGAAUAAAUACUUAAAUAUAAGAAGAAUAUCGGAAUGA